AGAGAGCGAGAGAAAGGGAAGGAGAUUCCCUAUUUAAAGAGAGUGAGAGAAAGGGGGAGAGAGAGAGAGAGAGUCGUACAUUGAGAAUGGAGAAAAGCCCACAUACAGGAAAAUCUAUCAGAUGCAAAGCUGCAGUUAGUAGAAAUGCAGGAGAACCUCUACAAAUAGAGGAAAUUGAAGUAGCUCCACCAAAAAAUUGGCAAGUCCGGAUCAAGAUCAUAUGCACAUCUCUAUGCCACUCUGACAUAACCUUUUGGAAAUUGAAAGACGCUCCUGGCUUUUUCCCCAGGAUUUUCGGCCACGAAGCAGCUGGGGUGGUAGAGAGUGUAGGAGAGAAGGUGGUGGAAGUAUCAGAAGGGGAUGUUGUCAUUCCGGUAUUCAUGGCGAAUUGCCGAGAGUGUAUAGACUGCAAGUCGGAGAAGAGCAACUUUUGUUCAAAUAUCCCUCGAGAGGGCCCACCUGAGACACUAAGUGAUGGACGGUCCAUAUUCAUCGAUUCAAAAGGGGAGAUUAUAAACAAUUGGCUCUAUAUAUCGAGUUUUAGUGAAUAUACUGUGGUGGAUGUCGCUCAUUUAGUGAAAAUCGAUGCCGAAAUCGCACCGGAGAAGGCAUGCUUGCUCAGCUGUGGUGUAUCAACGGGAGUUGGAGCUGCUUGGAAAGUGGCAAGAGUGGAAGUGGGGUCCACCGUGGCAAUUUUCGGAUUGGGAGCUGUGGGACUUGCGGUUGCGCAGGGAGCAAAACUCUGUGGAGCGUCCAAAAUUAUCGGUGUAGAUUUAAACCCUGAAAAAUUCGAGAUCGGAAAGAAAUUAGGAGUCACUGAUUUCAUUAAUCCAGCAGAAUAUGGUGAUAAACCCAUCAGCAAGGUGAUUAAAGAAAUGACAGAUGGAGGUGCGGACUACUGCUUUGAGUGUGUAGGAUUGGCCUCCCUGAUCAGCGACGCAUUCGCCAGCUGCCGAAAGGGUUGGGGUAAAACAGUCAUUCUAGGUGUGGAACUGCAACCCAUAUCUAUCAGCCCGACCGAGAUUCUACAUGGAAAGAGCAUCAUAGGUUCGUAUUUUGGAGGGAUCAAAGCUAAGGACGACAUUCCACUCUUGAUAAAACGGUACAAGGACAAGGAGCUUCAUUUGGAUGAGUUCAUAACACAUGAAGUGGGAUUCAAAGACAUAAACAAAGCUUUCGAUUUGCUGAUCCAAGGGAAGAGCAUCCGUUGUAUGAUAUGGAUGGACAUAUGAUUGGUGGGCCAUGUAUUAAUUCCUUUUUUUUCGAUCAAGGAGAAGAAACACUACAAAUAAAAGAAUUGUAUGGAUGGACGGAUAAUUGGGGGGCCACAUAUUUGCGUAGCA